AUGUUAAACAACGACUACUAAAGCAAAAUAUUCUUAAAACCGAAACCAAAUGAAUUUAGCAUUUUUGAUGAUUUUGUAUAAAAAGCGAGAAAGAUUUGUCGAACUUCAUAAAAAUCUGUUUCCAAGUAUAAGGAUAGCUCACUCAGUAUCUCAAAAUAACACAAAACUGAAAUAAAUUAUAAUACUAUUGAGGCAAUAAGAAAAUCUAUUUAAAAUCCAAAAGCUCAUAUGGAUAAUUAUUUGGAUUAAUAAAUCCAUAUAUCUCCUUUUCGAUUUUAAUUACCCGUACGAUUAGAAAAAUCAUAGCAUUUUCUGAUAGAGAAAAAAAGAAUUCCAACUUACCUAACUUCAAGAAAAUUAAAAUCUAAUUUGGAUGGAUAAAUCAAUAAGUCUCUAUAACUAUCCCAUUUUAGAAUUAUUUAAUAAUAAAAACCAGAAACUCCAAAUCCUAAUUAAUAACAAGAGACUAAAGUUCUCAUAACAAAAUACUUUUUAUAGAAACCUUUAGUAUGUGUUAAGUCUAAUAAAAAGAACAUCUAAAAACCCAUUUAAAUAGAAUUAUCGUGA